AUGGAUUACCAGACGGCAUCUUCAGCCGCAGCGAGUGCCCCUCCUCCACCUUCCGGUGCCGUCGAUCCGCAUCAGUACUGCGGUGACGAUGCUUCGGUGGUCACUCGAUCCGCUGCUUAUCACCUACCAGUGCAGGACGUCUCGUCGGCCAGCUCGUAUUAUUAUCCACCGCAACCAACCGACAUGUGGAAUAUCGGACAGUUUCCGUGCAAUUUUCAACCGCCAGCAGUACCUCCUCCUUCACAGAUUCAUCCGCGACAUCUUCUUUACGGACAACAGGGUCUUGCUCACUGCGGAAUGGAUCAGUUCUACAAUGUUUCGGCUUCGUCUUCUUUUCUCGGUAGUGACUUCAAUGGAUCAGCUGCGCCAUAUUCCUCACUCAUUCAGCCCGUAGUUCACUCAGCUCCUUUGCAGUUAGCGAUUGGAGAUACUCCUCAGCCACUGACUAGUGAGCGAAUGGCGCAAUACUUGUGUAACAGGGACCAGUAUGACUGCGUUAUUACCAUCUUUCAUGCGAAAGUCGCUCAAAAGUCGUACGGUAACGAGAAAAGGUUCUUUUGUCCGCCUCCAUGUAUCUAUUUGUUGGGCGAAGGAUGGAAGGAAAAGCGUAAUCGGGUAGAAUCGCUGUACAAAUCCUUCAAGGAACAUCAGAAGCGGAUGGGAGUCGCUCCCGAACUCGGUCCGGAACAUGAACGAAUUUCUGAACAACAAGCAAGUGAGCUGUGCGCGUUCAUCGGUAUUGGUGCUCCCUCUGAUCAAGAAAGACAGCAGUUGGAUUUCUCGAAUGGGAAGGAUUACUGUGCUGCGAAAACCCUCUACAUCAGUGAUUCCGACAAGAGAAAAUACUUUGAGCUAUCAAUUCAGUUCUUUUAUGGUUGCGGUGUUGAAAUAGGGUUGUUCUUAUCGCAACGGAUCAAAGCUGAUGCAGUCAGCCGAGUCGAGAAGAAGGCAGGUAUGAGAAAAGAUUGUAAUAUCUGUAGUAUCGCGUCUAGAACCAAAUACUUAUCUUCUCAUUUCUGUCGACAAUUUUUUCUGGUAAGAAAAUCCGGUCAGUUUUGCGUCUUCUUCAAUCGCCUUCGCUCUCAGACUGUCAGCACUCGUUACUUGCAUGUGGAUAAUGGCGCAUUUCAUGCGAGCUCGACCAAAUGGGGAGCAUUCACGAUCCAUCUAUUCGACGAUGAACCAACGGCUCCAGAAUCAGAGAACUUCACAGUGAAAGACGGCUUUGUAUACUACGGCUCAGUUGUGAAACUGGUUGAUAGCGUGACGGGAAUUGCGCUACCUCGUCUUAAAAUUCGAAAAGUGGAUAAGCAGCAUGUUAUCCUUGACGCCACGACAAACGAGGAGCCGGUGUCACAACUGCACAAGUGCGCGUUCCAGAUGAUCGACAACGAAACCGUCUACCUGUGUCUCAGCCAUGACAAGAUCAUUCAGCAUCAGGCAACUCCAAUCGACGCAACCCAUCAUCAAAUCAGUGACGGUGCCGCUUGGACGAUUAUUUCUACCGACAAGGCUGAGUACCGUUUCUACGAGGCAAUGGGUCCCGUAUCGCAGCCGAUCACGCCGGUGCCAGUAGUUAAUGGCUUGGAUAUAACGGGCAGCGAUUCAAUGGCUCGUAUAGAAUUGACGGGUUACAACAUGAAGCCAAAUCUGAAAAUCUGGUUUGGCACGACUCCAGUGGAGACAAUUUACAGGUCGGAUGAAUCGUUGACUUGCCAGGUGCCAGCACAUUCCGUGAUAAAGAGCGAAGCCAUCGGCUGGGACUACGGUGGCGAGGAGUCCGAGGUGCCGAUUACACUCGUUCGGGACGAUGGGGUGAUCUAUUCGACGCCCAUGAUGUUCUCCUACAAAUCCCUAAAAGUUCAACAGCGGCCACCUCGGUACGGAGAUUCGUUCAACUAA